AUGAGGAAUUGGUCGGUGGGAAUCUCUGUCAUGGUUCUUACAUUGAUUUUCAUCAUCCGUUAUGAACAAUCUGAUCACAAACUUCCAACGAAUCACACUGUGGAUGAUGCUUCUAUAGAAGGAGAGAGUGUUCAGGAACCUGCAAAGAAGAAGCCACAUUUCAUGACUUUGGAAGAUCUUGAUUACCUGUUUUCAAACAAGAGGUUUUACGGAGAAGAAGAAGAUGAUGAGUUGAAUAAUGGAUUUCUUGUAUGGUCUCGUAUGCGUCCAUUUAUCGAAAGGCCCGAUGCUUUGCCUGAAACGGCUCAGGGGAUCGAAGAAGCUACAUUGGCAAUGAAAGAUUUGGUUUUUCUGAUCUAUAAAGAGAAAAGAGCUUCCUCUUCUGAUAUGGUCUCUAAAGAAAUUAGAAGAAACUGUCCGGGUUUUGUCGCUGCAUUUGAUGGGGAUUUGUCUGGUUUAAGGCCUGUACUUGAGCUUCCUUGUGGUUUGAUUGAAGGUUCUUCAAUAACUUUGGUUGGUAUUCCUGAUGUACAUUCUAGAAGCUUCCAAGUUCAGCUCGUUGGCUCGGGAGAAGCCCGUCGUCCAAUCAUCUUAUGUUACAAUGUGAAUUUUUCUAAGCCAUUUUUAGUGCAAAAUACAUGGACUGAAAAGCUUGGGUGGGGUAAUGAAGUGCGGUGCCCAUUGCAUGGACUGGUUAAGAAUCAAAUAGUUGAUGAUCUUCCUCUCUGCAACGAACAGACCGAUAGAAUCGUUUUGGAAGAGAGUUCCAACGAAGAUGCAGUGAUGGAUUUGGUUAUUGGAAAUGCUGAUUUUCCAUUUCUCAAAGGGAGUCCCUUCACUGCCACAUUGUGGACUGGCUUAGAAGGUUUUCAUAUGACGGUUAAUGGACGUCAUGAGACUUCAUUUGCUUACAAGGAGAAGCUCGGGCCGUGGUUAGUUAGUGCUGUCAAAGUCUCAGGUGGUCUGAAAUUGUUAUCUGCCUCAGCCACAAGACUGCCCGUUACCGAUGAUCAUGCUUUUUUACCCAUAGAAGAGAAACUUAAAGCUCCACCUCUUUCCGGAACAAGAAUAGCAUUGUUGGUGGGUGUUUUCUCCACUGGAAAUAAUUUUAAGCGCCGUAUGGCAUUGAGAAGAACUUGGAUGCAAUAUGAGGCAGUAAGAUCUCGCAAAGUCGCUGUUCGAUUUAUCAUUGGCCUUCACACCAAUGUAAAAGUCAAUUUAGAGAUGUGGAGAGAAGCUAAGGCAUAUGGAGACAUUCAGUUUAUGCCUUUUGUUGACUACUAUGGUCUACUUAGCCUGAAAACAGUCGCGCUUUGCAUUCUCGGGACAAAAGUCAUUCCAGCAAAAUACAUAAUGAAGACUGAUGAUGAUGCGUUUGUUCGGAUCGAUGAACUGCUAUCGAGUCUACAAGAAAAACCGUCUAAUGCCCUUUUGUACGGUUUGAUAUCAUUUGAUUCAUCACCUGACCGUGAACAAGGCAGCAAAUGGUACAUUCGUAAAGAGGAGUGGCCUCUAGAUUCAUAUCCUCCAUGGGCACAUGGCCCUGGCUACAUCAUCUCUCAUGAUAUUGCGAAAUUUGUGGUGAAGAGUCACCGUCAAAGAGAUCUUAGACUUUUCAAACUCGAAGAUGUUGCGAUGGGGAUGUGGAUUCAACAGUACAACCAUAUAGUAGAAAGAGUGACGUACAUCAAUGACAAAAGAUUUCAUAACAGUGGGUGUAAAUCAAAUUACAUUCUUGUUCAUUACCAAACUCCUAGACUUAUUUUAUGCCUUUGGGAGAAGCUGCAAAAAGAGAGCCAAAUUGUUUGCUGCCAAUAG